CAUUUAAAAUCUUGACAUUGAUGGCAGUUGUCAUUCAGUUUAUCAACACAACAGUGAAAAGUUUUGUUUUGUGUUGUGUGGUAGUAAUACGAAAUAUUGGUUAGACAUGUUGGCUAGAUUUGCCUUACUUUUUAAGCAUUCAUAAAAUACGAAGUUAUGUUAAAUUAAAACACUGAUUAAAACUUCAAAAAUGUCGUGUUCUAAGGAAGAAAUCGAAAGAAAACGCCUGGCUGCGCUUCAGAAACGACAAAACUUGCUUGCUAACCGAAAUACUCCUAUAAAAACAAACCCUGCUCAAAGUGUUCAAGGCGGGAGUCCGCUACCCUCAUCCUCAAAUAGUGGAUAUAAAUCAUUUACUAGUUAUUCAAAUAGAAAUCAUCCUUACGCUAAGCCUAAUGUUUCUGGUGGUAUUCAAGAGAAAAAUGUUCCUGUGGGCAAAGUGGUCAGUGGAACUGUGUACCUGAUCUCAGAAGACAGGUUCGAAGUGAACCCGUCAGAGUUUUGUGCACCUCUCAUUGAUAUAUUCAAGAGUUUACCAUCUAAAAGUUAUGAUUCAAAAUCAAAGUUGUGGAAUUUUUCAAUCAAUGAUUAUCAACAGCUGAUGUCAAAGGUGGCCCCACUGGCUCCUCAUGUAGUGUUGGGCCCAAUCCCACCAUAUGUACUGAGGGUGCUGAGAGAAGAAGCCAUGGAUCCCAGUUGUGUGGAUUUGACCCCCAUUGAGGUCACACUAAGACACAAACUCAUGCCAUUCCAGGAAGAAGGAGUUAGGUUUGGUAUAUCCCGUCGCGGUCGCUGCAUGAUAGCUGAUGACAUGGGGCUGGGUAAAACCUUUCAAGCACUUGCCAUCGCCAGCUACUACAGACACAACUGGCCACUUCUCAUUGUGACCACGUCUUCCAUGAGGUUUACAUGGCAGUCCAAGAUCCAGGAGUUGCUGCCGUCGGUUCCCAUGAUGAAUGUGGCCACACUCACCAGCGGGAAGGACACCCAGCUAGUUGCAGAUAAACAGACAGAAGUGGUGAUAGUGAGUUAUAAGAUCACCAGCAUGUAUACAGAUCUACUGAAGAGCAAGAAGUUCGGAAUUGUUAUCAUAGAUGAAUCUCACUACCUGAAGUCUCACAAGGCGCAGUGCACGAUGGCGCUGGCCGGCAUCACGCGGCAGUGCGCGCGCGCCGUGCUACUCAGUGGCACGCCCGCGCUCAGCCGCCCCGCCGAGCUAUACACGCAGCUCGCGCUCAUAGAGCCCGGGUUCUUCACCUCCUAUACUGAGUAUGGUAAAAGAUACUGCGACGGUAAGCAGACCAACUUUGGCUGGGACAUGACGGGCCAGUCGAACCUGACGGAGCUGCAGAUCUUACUGCAGAAGCGGUUCCUCAUCAGACGGACUAAGGAACAGGUCCUAACUAAACUGGAAGGGAAGACCAGAGAGACAGUUCUCCUGGACCAAUCACUGCUGGAUCACAGCCAGGAGACGGAGAAGGAGUUAUCAGAGGUGGCAGAGGCCUACAAGACGAGCAGGUCGUCCGACAAACACGCCGCACUCAUUACUUACUUCAGCGAGUCCGCUAAGGUCAAGAUACCCGCUGUAUGUAAAUACAUCCGCGAGCUGGUAUCGUCGGAGCCCGGCAAGUUCCUAGUGUUCGCGCACCACCGCGCGGUCAUAGACGCCGUCUGCGAGACCCUGGACGAGGCCGCCGCGCCCUACAUCUGCAUCACUGGAGCCACGCCCGCCAACGCCAGGGCCGAGCUGGUGGACAAGUUCCAGCACAGCGGGUCGUGUCGCUGCGCCGUGCUGUCCACCACGGCGGCCAACUCCGGCAUCACGCUCACUGCCGCCAGCCUCGUACUCUUCGCAGAGCUGCACUGGAACCCCGGGAUCCUAACCCAAGCGGAGGCGCGUGCGCACCGUAUCGGUCAGUCGGGGUCCGUCCGCGUGCGGUACUUGCUGGCCGCGCGCACCGCCGACGACUACAUGUGGCCCAUGCUGCAGAACAAACUCAACGUUCUCAACAACGUAGGAUUAAGUAGAGAUACAUUCGAAGAUAGUACGCUAAAACAUCAAGAAUCAAAGAACAACAUUUCACGGUACCUCACUCCUGCUGUGACGAAGAAUAAAAACGACUAUAUUCCUGGUACAAAUAUAAGGAAGGACUCAGUGAAAGAAAAAGAAAAUACGUCAUCAGAUCAGAUGGAUGCAGGGAAGCAAUCCAAUGAUGAUGUAGACAGAUCCUUCCUGGAUGAUGAUGAGGAUGACGAAUUGUUGGCCAACCUAGAUUUAUAGCUACAGUCAUAUUUAUUUGUUUAUAAAGAUUUUUUGUGAUA